GGCUUUGUUUUGUAUUGAUUUUUUGUUUCACACAAAGCGUUUCACAAUCAAAAUUGCAGACGCUCUCGACUGUCACGACAAUGCUCAUUACGGAGAUUAAAGUGUUAAAGUCGUAGUAAUCCUAGAAAAAGAGACUACAUUUUGUCAGAAACUCUAAACUUUGCACGUAGAGAAGGAACCAACUGAUGACAUUUGAUUACGUCUGACCAACAGCUGGCCUUGGUCAUGUACCUGUAAACUGAAUAUUCUGCUAUUGUCAUGGAUCCUCAGCGGAAAAGCCCAGAGCAUACGGGGACUGAACACAAGUUUGACAUCAAGAUAGAGCGUCCCCCCACUAAGCCCGAUGUCUGGGAGGAGCUGCUGUCCCUCCUCCAGAAGAUCCUAGACUUCUGUGUGUGCUGUAUAACCUGCGGGUGCUACAAGAGGGAGAAGAAUGGGGUACUGACCGACGAGUAUGGAAUGAUUCUACUGGACAACGAGAAGCAGGCCGUACAAAAUCUACUUCUUUAUCUGGAGAGAGAUGAGAAGGCAGAACCUGUUUUAUCAAGCGAACACAUUCGAGCUCUGAGCAUUCUGACUUACUCGGACAAUGCUGAGCUUCAGAGGUCAGCAGCAUUGUGUAUGCUAGAAAUCAGCGAGAAGUUGAAGACGGAGCUGACUGUUGCCUUGGGACGACCUCUGGUAGAACUCCUCCGUUCAUCUGACACUCAAGUCCAGAAGGCUUCUACCCUCGCCGUCAGUAACCUCUGUCUGUCUGGGGCAGAAACCAAUAAAGAGAUUCUGAUGAGACUUGGUAUAGUGGACCCUUUGGUAGAACUGCUUCAUACCAGGAAUGUGGAGGUCCAGUGUAAUACAUGUGGCUGUAUUACUGCCCUGGCUACCACAGAUGCAAAUAAGCAUUCCAUUGUGUCUUGUAAUGCUGUCAAGCCCCUCCUGCAUCUAAUGCGAUCGGCAGAUCUCCGUGUAAAGAGAAAUGCUGCGGGGGCCAUACUGAAUUUAACACAUAUACAGUCCAACAGGAAUGAGCUGGUGAAUCAUGGUGCCAUUCCCACACUGGUGGAGUUGAUCCACAUGUCAGACUAUGAUAUCCAGUACUACAGUGCAGCCGCACUCAGUAACAUCGCUGUCAAUCCAAAACACCGAGCCAUGAUGAUCGCAGUGGGACAUUUUGAUGUCAUCAGACAACUCAUCCGACUUUUAUCCUCAAAGAAGGACAGGGUAAAAUGCCAGGCGUGUUUUGCUCUCAGGAAUUUGGCAUCAGAUGAUGAGAACCAGUUAUUGGCGGUGGAGAAUGGUGCCCUGCCUCCAUUACAUCACAUUCUGACUUCCUGCCGAUCUGACACUCUGGCUGCAGCUGCUGCAUGUCUGAGGAAUCUCUCUAUACACAAACUCAAUGAAGCAGCCUUCAUUCAUGAAAACUUGGUACCAGAUCUCUGUCAUGUUGUCUGUGAUAGUUCUAAUCCAGAAGCCCAAAAACACAUUGCAGGAACACUACGCAAUCUAGCUGUCAGUGAAUACGUACGAACCUUGAUAGAGAAUGACUGUGUAGAGGCCUUGACCUUUGUCCUUCUUGACCUGGAGUCAAGGAUACCUGUCCUGUCAGAGGUCACAGCAGCUCUAGCCGUCAUGGCUGACGAAGAUGAUGUAAAAUACAAGCUGAUACAUCUACAGGGAGGUAAAGCCUUCAGUAAGCUGGUGACCCUGGCUUCACUGUCUAGUCACAGAGAAAUACAGUACAACAGUGCUGGCACGCUGGGACAACUGGCGUUAGUCAGUUUACCAGCUGAGUUGAAAGAGGCUAAUAGAAAAGGCAUUGUUCUAUACAUUGAUAAGUUCCUAAAGUCUCCAGACCCAAGCUUUGUACAUGUGGCUCUGUGGACACUAAAUAUGCUACUUAAAGAUAUAUUUUUCCUGAGGGCUUUCACUGACCACAGCAUUGAGUCUGUAAUAGACCAAGUCAAAAUAACUCAUCAGCUGGCAAAAAUCCAGGACCUCUCUAACAGUGUUAUUGACCAGCUCCACGGGGUCAUGACCUCUUCAACCUCUAGCGAGGACUGAAUUUAACAGGAAGGGAGUUCUUCACCUCAUUGAGGAAUCUCCAAAUUUUAAAGAAUCUCCCAUAUUUUUCUUAUCUUAUUUAUAUGAAUGGACAUCAUCAUUUUACAUGAGAAAAACAUCUUUCUGCUUUGUUGUCUAAAUUAAAUCUUAAUUUUAAGGUUGUCGUCAUUAGUACUUUUUGUUAUACAUGUUAAACAAAUUGCUGGGCAUUAAGAGAAAUCCAUCCAAUAAGACAUCAUUGCUUCACUGUUUUAUGUGAUA